AUGGUCGUCUCUUUGUCUAGCGGGGUAACAAGAAAAUUUGGUGAAUCUGCUGAAGAUAUUAUAUUCAAUAGUAUUUACGGCACCGAAAUCACAAAGACGCUGAUGCGCACAUUGAGGGAGGAAGUGAAGGUGUUCCCUGACGUGGUUGAUGCUUGGGACAGCUGGUUAUUGACAGAUUCUGCUUGUGAUGAUGAUGAACGUAUGAAAACGUUCAUCGAAAGGGUGACGGAUGCGGGCGCAUAUGAGUUCAUUGGGUUGAAAAUGGUUUUCUUUCCAAUCCUUGAGAAUGAUCAAUAUUACUUGAUUGUCUUCGAUCUGAAAAAAGGCGCAAUAACAGUGAUAGACCACAGGCCUGAUCGCACACCCUUAGUUGGCAUUAGGGAUCAUCAAGACUACUACAUUAAAGACACACCGUACAAAGUGAAGCAUAUGAUGGACGUUUAUUUGGAGCUUUGCGAACAUCCGGCAAAAGAUGAAAUCUCAGCAGCCAAGAUUGAAAGGUGUAAUAUCAAAUGGGCGACCCCUGCGCAUCCAAUGGAUAGUGCGGUAUUCCUUAUGCAGCACAUGCAGAAAUUUAACGGCAUCAAUGAACCUUUUGAAUGUGGUUUUAGCAGCCACUGGAAGAAAAAGCAAAAACAGAUUCUUGCCCUCCGAAAAAAAUUCGCUACACGCAUGCUACUCUCUAAUGUGAAUUUGAUGAACGCGAAGGUUCGCGAGGCUGCAUUAACAGUGUAAGCUUCUGCUAGUGUUAUGUUUUUUGUGGAGAACUGAAACAAUAUAACUCGUACUUUGCCAG